GGUGGUGGUUGUUUCCGAACCACAGGCCGGUUUUAAAUGUGCAUCAAAUCAGAGUGGUGAAGCCAAAAAAUAACCACAGAAAGGCGACAACAAAACGAAGCGCGAUGGUGGCAGUGGUUGCUUUGCUGGCGAUCGCAUGCUUCUUGCUGUGUGAUGAUGCUCACGGGCAGGAGGCGGUGGACCUAGGAGACUUCUGGAACAACGAUGCCCACUUCCAAUAUGUGUCCAAGGCUCGGUUCCCUUCCCCGCCCCCAUCGACGCAGUAUGCAAUGAACGUGGGCUUCCAGUUUGUGACGCGCCCAGGGAUCUGGUACUUGUUCCACAGCGAGUACGCGUUCACCACCCAGCCAAGCUACUGCAAGGCCGACUACGCACGCAUUCUCGUGCGCAACAGCACAGACGAAGGCAGGACUUGGUCCGCAGGCACGGUGGUGGCGACGCCAAUCCCGAACACUGCCCAGGAAUGUGCCAUCGUCGACGGUGCCGGCUUCUACGAUGACGAAACAAACACCUGGCACUACAUCGCCCAGUGCUUAAACCGCACGGACCACUGGAUGUUGUGCCACUACACACGCCAAGGCGAGACACCGACGGGGAUGUUCACACCAAACCCAUACAACCCGGUGGUGUACGGUGGCCAGCUGUGGUCGCGGAUCUGCGCUCUGCCACAUGCUCAUUGUGAUGAAAAUAUGUAUGACGAAGGAACACCGGAGAUUUUCACAAAAGUGGAGGGCAACUUCUACGUCACCUUCCAUGGGUGGGAUGCAAAAGCCGGCAAGAGCGCACGCGGCAUCGCCAUGACACCAAACUUUGUCGACUGGAGCGUGACGGGUGCAGGCCUUCCGGGCGACGCCAUCUUCACCUCCAAAGACUGUGAGCACUGGAACGUCACCUGGGCAAAGGGCGGGUGCGUUGGCGGCGGCGAAGGCACGAUGCUCGCCGCCAGUGACAUCUUCUACCACCUGAUUGAGGCACCAGAUAUCACGCUGGGUUGCCUCACCAAACCCGGGCUGCAGAACUGGGUGCUUGGUAUGCUGCGCGCCCCCGGAAUCGAGGCGACAGGGAUGUGGCAGCAGUCAUUCAACCCCAUCGUUGUGCCUGCAGUCAAGCAAGGCUGCUACAUUCAAUAUCACCGCCUCUUCAAGGGUGACAACGCCACCUACCUUGAGUAUUGGGCUGCAGAUUGGAUGCAGGUGUUCAAGCUUGUGCCUGGGCCCGGUCCUCGCCCCAUCGUGGCCGGCCCGCCCCCAGACAUCUAGCGGCAUGCACCCUGCGCUCGCUUCUCCAGUUCACCCAUGUACCGUGCUUGUUAUCCUGACAUGCUGCCUGCUGCUGUUACCUGAGAUGAACAAACGCUUGUCGUCUGCA